AUGGAUACAGGAGGUGGUGAUAAAUCUAACACUGACAAUGAUCUCUAUUUACCACCAACAGAUUCAUUCUGGGAGGUUGGUAAAUAUAGUCGAGCAGUUAAACGAUGUGAUGAUGGUAAUAAAUUAACAACUGAUCUUAUUAGUAUGGUUAAUGAACGAGCUGAAUUGGAAAAAACAUUUUCAAAAAUGCUUAAAAGUUGGUCAAAAAAAUGGUCGGAUUAUGUUGCAAAAUCAUCGGAAUUUGGGUCAAUGACAUCAGCUUGGAAAGCAAUAAUGGGUGAGGCUGAUGCAUCAGCUGAAGUUCAUCAAACAGUACAUGAUGAAUUACAAAGUGAUAUUAUACCAGCUAUUAAAUCAUGGCAAAAAACGAAAUAUGUCAAAUCAAUGAUGCAUAUUAAACCAACAAAAGAUCUUGAUGAAGAAUUUAAACGAGCACAAAAACCAUGGGCUAAAUUAUAUGCUAAAGUUGAUAAAUAUAAACGUGAAUAUCAUACAACAACAAAAAAUCUUAAAAUGGCUGAAGCACAAGACAAUAAUUCUAAACUUGAUGGAUCUGUGCCACAAGAUCAACGUGCUAAAUUAUCGGAAAAAGUUGGGCGAUGUCGUAAAGAAAUAGAAGUAGCAAAAGGUAAAUAUGCUGAAGCAUUACAAGAAAUUAAUCGAGCUAAUCCGAAAUAUAUGGAUGAUAUGAAUGAAGUUUUCUCCCGGUGUCAAACAUUUGAAAAAGAUCGUCUGGUAAAAUUUCGAGAAUUUUUGGGUGCAACUGAAAAAUGUCUUGAUCUUAGCAGUCGUUUACAAUCAGCAAAUUUUCAACAAUUUUCUCAGACAAUUAAAAAUUGUGAUCCCGAUAGAGAUUUAUCAUGGUGGUCGGAUACCUAUGGUGCCGGUAUGAAAAUGAAUUGGCCAACAUUUGAGGAAUCAACAAAUCUAGAUCAUCAUCAACAACAAAAUCAGUUUUCUUAUUGUGCUAAUGAUUUAUCUAUGGGUUAUGAUACAUAUCAUCGUCGACAAUUAGCACAUUUUGUUAGUCAAACAAGUGCUGCAGUUGCAUAUGAUACACGAAUAUUGGUUGUGGAUUCUUAUGCAACUAUUCGUCGAUCUAUGCGACGAACUGCUGCCGUUGUUACACGCGUUCGUCGAGAUCUUAUCAAGCGUGAAGAAUAUACGGAAGCACAACGUACACUUUCUCGUCGUGCUAAGGGCGAGAUUGAAAAAGAAAAUCCAGUUGUUGUUACAGCUAUUCGAUCAAAUAAUAAUGGACCAUCAAAUGUUGCACCUGCUGAUAAUCGUUUAUCAACUAACAAUGCUGCAUUCAAUGAAGAGACUGAUUCAGCACCGCCUUCACCCUAUAUGGGUUUUCAUCAGCCGACUUCAGCGCCAGCUGAUUCAUCACCCGGUUGGGCAGCUAAUUCUUGGGCUAAUGACUAUACAGCAGCAACAAAUAAUGGUAGUCAUUCGUCAUUACCUUCUUAUCAAGCAAAUAGUGCCCCAUCAUAUCAAAGUCAACCAUCAUAUCCAUCACCGGCAAAUCCAUUUUAUGAAGAGGAUGAUAUGAACAAUGGUGAUUCAUCAUCACCUCAUCAAUUUUCACAGCAACCAUCAGUUUUAACAGGUGGUACAUCAUUUGAUAGUAAUGGUGGUGUACCUGUUCGAGCUCUUUAUGAUUAUGAUGCACAAGAACAAGAUGAAUUAUCAUUUAAACAAGGUGAGAUUUUUACAAAAUUAGAAGAUGAAGAUGAUCAAGGUUGGUGUAAAGGACGUGUUGGCAAUCGAGUAGGUCUUUAUCCGGCUACCUAUGUCGAAAAUGCUUAA